CAGCUGUGCCGCAUUGUUUUCCUGCUGUUGCCGAAGCAAAUAAAAUUUGUUCAAGUGCCGCACCAAUGCCAAAAAUUUACAAGUCUAAAUAAAAUUAUUCUAAAAACACAACUCUAAGGUUGUUAUUUUCAAAAAAAGUGAAGCAAUAAAUGAUCGGGAAAGCCCAAUGAAAUUUGAAGUCGUCGGGAAAACUUGUGCUUGUGUCCAAAAGGUGAUUACAUUGAAAAGAGCACAAGUACCAAGUGAAAAUAAUUGAAAAUGCAUCGCUUGAAGUUGGAAUUGAGUCAACGGACAUGUAAUCUGGAAGAUAAUCAUUUAACAUAUCAGCUUUCCACGAUAUAAUCCAGUCAAAACUUUGCACAGAUUUUAUUGAUUUUUCCUCAAUAAUUGGCCAGCAAGAAAAAGUGUCCUGCGAGAGAGAUAGUACUCUCUCCUGCGCUCUUUCGAGUUGUUUUAUCACAAAUCACAGCUCUCUCUCUCCUUUUACUCCUUGUUUUGCUAAGCUCAUUCGCAAAUAAACAAAUCACUUCCAAAAAAAUCAUAAAAAAUGUAAAUAAAUAAAAUAAAAUCAUUAAAAAAUUUGUUGCAUAAAAAUAAAAACAACAAAAAUAAUCAAAGGAUAUCGUGUCAUCUUGAGUCCAGAAACUAAUAUUGAGAUACCUGCACCCCCUCCCCAAAAAAAAUGCCAUAUAGCCGGAGCCCCCCUCGAAAUAAACAGCAAUCCACGGGGGGCUCCGCCGGCUCCAUCGGCUCAGUCUCCUCCCUGAACUCCGCCAGCUCCUCCAGCCAUUUGCUGGGGCACUACCAGUCAGCCUACGGGCAGCAGGGGCACUCCCACGCCUGUUACCAGCACCACUUGCAACAUCAGCAGCAUCAACAUCACCACCAACCGGCACACCACCACGGAGGACGCACUACGCUCACUCCGACCAUGAAGCGCGGCAAGAAACAGUGGGGCACCCGGGAGAGAUCCGGAAUGAGCUUCCUGAUAGUCAUCACCUUCUUUGCCGUGUUCGGGUUGAUUAUCCUGACCGAGGUCUUUAUGAUCGACGAGCGAACCCACAGCGGCAUGCUGUCCAUGCGGGCGGGCGGCGGAGGCGGCAGUCUGGCCGGACGGAUGGGCGACUCGAUGCCGGAUUAUGAUAAUGUGAAGGAAGAUUAUGAUCUAUUGGAUGCCAGCAUUUUGAGUGAUAAUAAAUUAGGUUUUAUACAGCUCCGUGACAAUAAACUAAAAAUUCAAGAAGCCGCAGGCGCCGAUGGUCAGCGCUUGGCGGGGAUGCUGCUCAAUGGAGGAGGCGGCGCGGGAGGAGGCGGAGCGGCGGCGGGGCCGUUUGGUGUGAAUGUACCGCUAAUACCCUGGGGCCAGGUGCUGCCCGGCAAGGUGGAGGAGACGCUGCCACACUUCCCAUUUGGCACUCGGCCCACAGACGGUGCCUGGCAGGUUGUCAACGGCACCAGGUUCAAGUUUUUUGUCUACUCCGCCUACUUUGAUCGGCGGGAGGGAGCACGCCUGGUGCGAGUGGUGGGCGCCACCAAGACCAGGGGUCCGGAGCGGGUGUGGUGCCGGUUCUGGUAUGGUCCGGCUCCGUCCAACGCCACCGAGACGGGCUCCUCAGCACGUGCCAAAUACAGUUCUGCUACAGUCAUGGCCCGCGUGAAGAUCAUACGUGAGAACUGGAACCUUAAGUACAGCGCCUGCUUCAUCCUGUGCCCGGUUCGUACCCCGCCCCUGGCUGUGCCCCAGUACGUCAGUGUGGUCUCGCGUCUUCGGGCGCCGCCGGGAAACCUCCUCACGUUGCGCAACACAGACCAGGACCCGGACUUUGCCCCCCGGAAUGCGAGUAAUCCAAAAGUUCCCCCCUCGGCCCGGUCGAUUCCCAGUGGCGAGAAUAUUCCCGACCGCAUUGCCGUCUGCGUAAAGCCCUUCCACUUCAACUAUGACCAGGCACUGUAUCUAAUGGAGUACCUGGAGUUCUACGCUUUGCUGGGCGUCUCUCACUUCACGUUUUAUAACCACACCCUGGGUCCCCAUGCCUCCUGUGUGUUGGAGAGCUACCAGAAGGGCCUGGUGCCUGGCUCCCUGACGGCCUUUGAUCUGGAGCCCCUGCUUCCGGCAGAGGCGGCAAUCAAUGCUACACCUCGCAUCCUCCAGUCGGCACAUUACCAACGCCCCACUGUUAGUAUCCUGCCGUGGAACCUUCGGAUGCGCAGCCAGAAGGAGAUUCGCACCGAAGGACUCUUUGCGGCCCUCAACGACUGCCUCUACCGGACCAUGUAUCGCUACAAGUAUCUGGCCCUGGUCGAUCUGGAUGAGUUUAUUGUUCCACGGUACACGGACACCCUUAACGACCUUAUCGGCUCCCUGAAUCAGCGCUUCAGGAACCGCAAUACUGGAGCCUACUCCUUCCAGAAUGCCUUCUACUAUCUCCAGUUUGCGGACGACCCGCUGGCCAGUUCCGGAAUACAAGGCGGCGGCGACCAGUUGGCCAGUGUUCGUGCAUCCCUGGUGACCCAGAGGAAAACCCGAAGGCGUUAUAAGUUACAUCCCCAGAAGCAGAGAUCCAAGUACAUUUGCAAACCGGAGGCAGUGGUCGAGGCGGGAAAUCACUUUGUUUGGGAAUUCGCUCCUGGAAAGGGAUCUCUGAAUGUUCCCCCCAAGGAGGCCAUAUUGCAGCACUAUCGAGUGUGUGAAUUCGGAGGCAACGACUGCAUUAAGGCGCCCUCGAUUGUGGAUCGCACGACUACGAAGUAUGUGAACCGCCUGGUCCAGCGGGUGGAUGCCGUGUAUCGGCAUCUUCGCCAGCGUUGUGACCUGCCGUCUCUGCCACCGCUGCCCAAGCCACAGAAGGCACCCGAGGAACCGCCUCAGAAGUCACCCGAGGUGCAGCCUCAGAAGUCCGCCGAGGGGCAGCCACAAAAAUCCCCGGAGGGGCAGGUACAGGAUCAGCCCAAAAAGGAAAACCUAAAGCCAACAACGAUAAAAACUGAUAUGAAGGAAGGAUUGAAGCCAGAAGACCCUGUGAAAGCCACAAAAGCAACUACUGCGACGACAACGACGACAACCAAGGCAACAACGAAGGAGGAGAAAUCGAAUCCAAACACAACGACAAAGCCGAUGGCGAAUCCCAAGCAAUCCCAGCCAUCGGCCAAUGUCCGGAAGAAACGGAAGCUGAUCGUCUUCGAGAUCAACGACUUUGGAGUGCCCGUGGCCCGGGUUGAGUAUCAAUGAGUGUGGGACAUGGUUGGCAAUAUUUAGUUUACCAAUUAGUUUGGUAAAAAUGUUUAGGUUGUGCGAUUUAAUUUGUCCAUUGCCCCGAUGCUCAAAAACUAUUUCAAAAUAUAUGAAUAUUUGCUCAUUUUUAAGUUUUACCAACAAGGGCCAUACUGCACUGAAAACAAAAUACAAGAAAAGCCAAAGCAAUAGAAUAAGAAACUAGCAAAGCAACAUUUUAGCAACGAUAUCCCCGAAAGUGGAGCAAUUGAUACCAUCUGUGUUAUUCGUUAUUGCCAACAGUAUUAAUUAUUUAAGCACAUCCUUAAAUUUCUUUAGCGUUGUGAGCUUCAUUUGGAGACUAUAUUUUGAAUGUUUUCGGUGGUCGUAAUGCAAAAUUAUUCCUAUACUAAAUUCAAAAUAUUCCUAAAAAUCAAAACACGCAUCUAUAUAUGUAUGUAUAUUUAUAUAUAUAAGAUAAGCCAUUGUUUCGUGUUGUAGUCUAAGCAAUUAAAACUGAAAAGGCAGCAAUAAAAAUUACACAGAAUAAUUAAGAUGCCACAUUUUCCCGGUGAACUGUUAGUUUUAAAACGCUUUCGAUCGCAAAUCAUUGCCUCUUAGUUUGGGAAAAAUAGGUCCUCCGAGCUA